GUUGCUCAAAGAAGCAAAGCAGAACAGAGAAGUUCUCUUUCCAGUUGUUAGGUUAACCCAGAUAGGUCAGUUAGGAAUCUUAAGUUUUAGAAUUAAUUUACCAUGGCUACGCCACAAUCAGAUGUCGAUAAAAGAAAACAAAUUAGUGUUCGUGGAAUAGCAGACGUUGAAAAUGUGCAAACAGUCAAGAAAACUUUUAACCGGCACCUUCAUUACACUUUGGUGAAAGAUAGAAAUGUAGCAACUCCUAGAGACUAUUAUUUUGCUCUGGCUCACACGGUCAAAGACAAUUUGGUUUCAAGAUGGAUCAGGACUCAGCAGUAUUAUUACGACAAAGAUCCAAAGAGAGUCUACUACCUGUCAUUGGAGUAUUACAUGGGACGUACUCUCCAGAACACCAUGAUCAACCUUGGCAUUCAAAAUGCUUGCGAUGAAGCAAUGUAUCAGAUUGGUUUGGACAUUGAAGAACUGCAAGAACUGGAGGAAGAUGCCGGAUUGGGAAAUGGUGGACUGGGAAGACUGGCUGCCUGCUUUCUGGAUUCAAUGGCAACCCUAGGCUUGGCUGCCUAUGGCUAUGGUAUUCGCUAUGAAUAUGGAAUUUUCGCGCAGAAGAUUAGAAAUGGUGAACAGGUUGAAGAACCAGAUGACUGGCUGAGGUUUGGUAAUCCAUGGGAAAAGGCCAGGCCAGAGUACAUGUUGCCCAUUCAUUUCUACGGUCAUGUUGAAGAUUCUCCCCAGGGCAAGAAGUGGGUCAACACUCAGAUAGUGUUUGCUAUGCCAUACGAUAAUCCAGUGCCAGGUUAUGGUAACAAUGUUGUUAAUACUUUGCGUUUGUGGUCUGCCAAAUCUCCAAUAGAGUUCAAUUUGAAGUUUUUCAACGACGGUGACUACAUUCAGGCUGUUCUUGACAGAAACUUAGCCGAGAACAUCUCAAGAGUUCUCUACCCGAACGAUAACUUCUUCGAAGGUAAAGAACUGCGUUUGAAGCAAGAGUAUUUCAUGUGUGCUGCUACUUUGCAGGACAUUAUCAGAAGAUACAAAUCGUCCAAAUUUGGCUGCCGUGAAGCUAACAGAACCACAUUCGAUCUGUUCCCCGAGAAAGUUGCUAUUCAGCUGAACGAUACUCAUCCUUCCUUGGCUAUUCCCGAACUUAUGAGACUGCUCAUUGAUGUGGAGAGACUGCCAUGGGAAAAGGCGUGGGAGAUCACAGUGAAGACUUGUGCUUACACCAACCACACUGUUCUGCCCGAGGCUCUUGAAAGAUGGCCUUGUGCCAUGCUAGAGUACAUCCUUCCACGACACAUGCAGAUCAUCUAUCACAUCAACUUCCUUCAUCUACAGGAAGUGCAGAAGCAGUUCCCUGGUGACCUUGACAGAAUGAGAAGGAUGUCCCUGAUCGAAGAGGAGGGGGAGAAGAGGGUGAACAUGGCGCAUCUUUCCAUUGUCGGAUCUCAUGCCGUCAACGGUGUUGCCCGCAUUCAUUCUGAAAUCAUCAAAAAUGAUAUCUUCAAAGAUUUCUUCGAGAUGACUCCAGAGAAGUUCCAAAACAAGACCAACGGUAUUACUCCAAGGAGAUGGCUGCUUCUGUGUAACCCAAGCUUGUCUGAUCUUAUCGCUGAGAAAAUUGGUAACGAAUGGAUCACUCAUUUGGAUGAACUGACAAAAUUGAAGCCCUUGGCUAAGGAUCCAAACUUCCAACGCGCCGUUCAGAAAGUGAAGGCUGAGAACAAGUUGAAGCUGGCAGAGCUCCUGGAGAAAGAUUACAAAGUCAAAAUCAAUCCAUCUUCCAUGUUCGAUAUCCAGGUGAAACGUAUCCACGAGUACAAACGUCAACUGCUCAACUGCCUGCAUAUCAUUACCCUGUACAAUCGCAUUAAGCGCAACCCCACUGCCAAGUUUGUGCCACGUACCAUCAUGAUCGGAGGAAAGGCAGCCCCUGGCUACUACAUGGCUAAGAAGAUCAUCAAGCUGAUCUGCUCGGUGGGCAAUGUGGUCAACAACGACCCGAUCGUCGGCGACAAGCUCAAGGUCAUCUACCUGGAGAACUACCGCGUCACCCUCGCCGAGAAGAUCAUCCCAGCUGCCGACCUCAGCGAGCAGAUAUCCACUGCUGGAACCGAGGCCUCCGGCACUGGAAACAUGAAAUUUCAGUUGAACGGUUCUCUGACAAUUGGUACCCUCGAUGGAGCCAACGUGGAAAUGGCCGAGGAAAUGGGUCGUGAGAACAUCUUCAUCUUCGGAAUGACAGUCGAUGAGGUGGAGGACCUGAAGAAAACCGGCUACGAUGCCAUGAAGUACUACAACUCCAACCCAGAACUGAAGCAGUGCAUCGACCAGAUUCAGAAUGGAUUCUUCAGCGGUGGCAAUCCCGACGAGUUCAAGGAUAUUGCUGAUGUCCUGCUCAAAUACGACAGAUUCUAUCUAUUGGCCGACUAUGAUGCAUACAUCAAAGCUCAAGAUAAAGUCAGUGAGGUGUACAUGGAUGCGUCGAAAUGGGCAGAAAUGGCGAUCAUGAAUAUCGCCUCGGCCGGCAAGUUCUCUUCGGACCGAACAAUCGCUGAGUACGCCCGGGAGAUCUGGGACAUCGAGCCAUCCUGGGAGAAGUUACCCGCGCCACAUGAGCCUCGUGAAGCUUAAUUCUAACCAUGCAAUCCCACAACACAUCAGUAGAAUUAUUUAUCAAACACUGUAAACUGUUGAAAGAAAAAGACUAAGAAAUUGUCUUUCUAAGUAUCAAUAAAUCUGUGGUUUUUGACAAUUUCUUAGUCUUUUUCAUUCAAUAUGAAUAAUUACCACAAUAUCAACUUCUCAACUACACGAAAAGUGACUGUAAACUGUCUUCCGAUUUACUACGUUUCUUCCAACUUGAAAAGUGUAUCAUGUCACUCAAAUCACUCCAAUAAUUCAGCCCAUUAUAUUCUUCAUAAUCCUAACAAGAAUUAAGUGUUACAUAAAAAAAAAUCAAGAUACUUCGGUCUCUCAUCAUAGGAAAAAAUGAAUUUGUAUGUCCAUCUCUGUACUACAACUCUCACAGUAUGAACUUAAUGUAAUUUAAACUGUUAUAUCAGUUUAAUUUAAUGUCAAUAUUAACUUAUAUAUUUUUUUUAUAUUUUCUCAGUCUUAGUGAACUUAAUAUUGUGAAGACUGUUAUAAUCAGUUUGUUUUCAAGUAUAUAUAUAUAUAAUUGUUUUUUUCAGUUUUAUUAUUGUUAACUGAUGCCAUUGUUUAAUCAUUUUGUGUGCCAUAAAAUUAGAGUGAACCUUAUCAGAAGUUUAACUUGAACUAAUCAAUUCGAAUUAGAUGCCGAAAACAGGUAACAGAAAGUCAUGAUUCACAACUGGGCGCUAUUCCUAGGACACUAUACUGUAGUUGAUAUUUUUUUACUGAAUUUAAUUAUCGUACCACCGAAAAAUAUUUCUAUAUAUUUAUAAAAUUUAAUUAGCUUUUAAUUUGUGUGUUAUUUGAAUUUUAUUUUAUUUUAAACACAAAUAAAAAGUUACAUUAGAUUUAUAAUCUUUUAAAAGUUUUCUGUGUAAUUUUUAUAACAAUUUUCUUCAACUCUCCUGUUAUUAGCUGUGCUCAAUAGUUGCAUUAUAAACAAUUUUGCUGGUUAAUGUGUUGUUCUCACUUAAUUUAAAUUACUUAAAUUUUUGCGUAAUAUAUUGUAAUUAAAAUUUAUUGAUAUUAUGUACACUGUGUACAUCCAACCUGUGAAAUUGUAUUUUGUCCAUUUUUGAGAUUUUCAACCAAAUUAGAAAUUUCUUUCAAAAUCAUAUAAACAUAAGAAUUUGACUAUUUUCAUAUGCAUAAUCACAAUUUUAAAAUAAAAAUUAGAAACAUAGCUGCCAUCUUAAAAAUAACUGCAUUAGAAAGAAUUUUAGUCAUUUUUUUGUUUUUAGUUCAACAGAUUUUAGAAAAAAUUAGUUCAAAUAAAUGUUUAUUUUUUAAAGUUUAGAACAAUAUUGAAUGUUAUCCAUUUGAAAAUGUAUUUGUAGAAUUUUAAUCAAUGUUAUUGAAAUAUAAUAUUAUGUUGGUUUUGAUAAAUGAAAUAUUUUAAAGUUGAAUUAUUUAUAUAAUACUUCUAGUAUGUGCCAUAUACAUUAAACUAUUUUUGAAAUAUAGUAA